AUCAACUACAACUUGCAAGCCAGCCAACAAGGAGAAUAGAAGGAGAGACUGGCCCAAAACGCAAUUCUGGUUCCCCCGAUACCUAGCUACGACCAAAACAGCUACACGAGCUACACAAGUAAAGGCUGAAGGAAUUCCCGCACGAAGUGCAGCUCAACCCAACUCAAGGCAUCCUGAACGUGUUUUUGGACGAAAACAUUCUCGAGAAGUUAUCGUAUCGUCAAGAACAAGGGUUCAGACGAAGAAUGUCGCGAGCUGUGGACAUUAGAGAGUCUCGAUUUCACGAGGAACGCCCUAGUCCCUCCGCCUUUUCUGGACCUUCAAAGACUGCAGAACUCGCGGAAAGGAUGAACUAGGCCCGUUCCCCAGGCAAAUAGCAAGGCUUUGAGCGCAGAGGUUCGCAACAGCCGUAAAAUGUUCGUGAACGAAAUCAUUUUUGAGGUCGGAAAGCAUCACCACGAAACAUUCAACUUGGAAGACUACCUUCCUUGUAGAUUCGGUCCGUAUCAAACAAGAAACAGGACCUAUGGACACCCGAAAAGUGUUAGUUCUGGCCUUUUCUCUAGGGAUUCGAUGGCUGGAGGGAUCGUUUCGCAAUACAAACCGUUCCGUGGACAGCUGGAUGAGACUACGAGAGCCGAGGGAGCUGCAAGCCAAGAUGACAGAAGCCAGCUUCUAGGGCUUGUUCGAUCCUUGAUCCUUGAUUCUGGAAAUAUAGCUUGUACCUCCUUGAUGCCUCUAUGAGCUGGCAUGAUGGGCAAAGAGCUCUAUCGACGCCCGAACAAUGUUCAUCACUCCUUCCGAAUACUUGCUUCACGUUCCUCCUUCCCCACCGCAGUUUGAUUCUGGAUGCCGCGCCAGUCUCUCGGGGAAAAGUUGGAAAUACAAUACCCUUAAAAUGGAGUUGAACUGCGUCAAGCUGCUAUCCCCGGCCUUUGCUAUUGAUCUUGAGAAAUUUGGUCAAAACACCCGUGUUUUCUGCCCUCACUUGUCCACUUUGAAGGCUCUUUCUUGGCCAAUUUGAACCUAUCCGCCCUCUACGGUUGAGUAGCUUCC